GUGGGUGAAAAACAGUUGACUGCCCCGCAGCGCUUCCCUUUCCUGACUGCUUCUCCUCAAUUUUCUCCCUUAUUAACAACUCCCGUUGUCCCAUUCUCUCAAGCUUAUCAUCGUCCUCUUCCUCCAACCGCCGGCCGCGUUCCUCCGCAGCAGUCUGCAAUGGUUAAAGGCCCUCCUCCUCCGCAUUCGGAGAUUCAGAUCAGGACCAAUUCGCGGCGGGGGAACGGCGCGAUACACCCCGUGAAUUCAGACUCGGCGGCGGCUGCUGCUCAACCAGCUCAUCCGCCCCAAAGUUACACGGAAGUGAAGCAUUUCAAGAAAUGGGUCACUUGGCUAAUCCCUUGUUUCGUGGUCGCCAAUAUUGUUAUGUUCAUCAUCACUAUGUACGUCAACAAUUGCCCCAAAAACUCCGUCUCCGACUCUUGCGUCGCGCGCUUCCUGGGUAGGUUCUCAUUUCAGCCCUUCAAGGAGAAUCCUCUCCUCGGUCCUUCCUCCGCCACGCUGCAGAAGAUGGGGGCUCUGGAUGUAAACAAAGUGGUGAAACAACACCAGGGAUGGCGUCUACUUAGUUGCAAUUGGUUACAUGGAGGGCUUUUCCAUGUGUUGGCCAAUAUGUUGAGUCUUUUAGUUAUCGGCAUUCGUUUGGAACAGGAGUUCGGAUUUGUAAAGAUUGGGUUGCUAUAUGUGAUCUCUGGAUUUGGUGGAAGUUUGUUAUCGGCCCUUUUCAUCCAAGGGAACAUCUCAGUGGGUGCUUCCGGUGCGCUAUUUGGGCUGCUUGGAGCUAUGCUUUCUGAACUCAUCACUAAUUGGUCAAUCUAUGCCAAUAAGGUUGCAGCUUUCAUCACACUCAUGCUCAUCAUUGUAAUAAAUUUAGCAGUUGGAAUUCUGCCUCAUGUUGAUAACUUCGCCCAUCUUGGAGGAUUUAUUACCGGUUUUCUCCUCGGAUUUGUGUUUUUGAUUCGGCCCCAAUACGGAUGGUUUAACCAAAGAUAUUCGCCACCUGGGUUUGCUCCUGGCAGGCCGAAAUCAAAGUUCAAGACAUAUCAGUGCAUAUUGUGGAUCGGGUCUCUCAUCUUGGUAGUUGCAGGAUUGGCUGUUGGCCUUGCUGCACUUCUGCGUGGAGUUGAUGCAAACAAACAUUGUUCAUGGUGCCAUUAUCUGUCUUGUGUUCCUACCGGUAGGUGGAGCUGCAAGACACAGCCUGCAUUUUGCUCGUCCAUCCAAUCCGGAACCCAGCUGAACUUAACAUGCUCGAGCAAUGGGAAAUCGGGAGUUUACUUAUUACCUGAUGCGAGUAGUUCUCAGAUACAGGGGUUGUGCCAACAGCUUUGUGGUUGAUCUUGGCUCCACUCCAAUUGUUGGGUUGGAUAGAGCCAAUUUUGUUUGUAUAAAAUUCCUCCCCACCACUUCUUUGAGUACCAUUUCCCAUCUCGUUUCCGCUAUGUGUUUGAUUGAUUUGUGUUGUAUAAAACUAAAUGAUACGGGGAAGAUAGGGGGGUUUCAAUUUAUCGUGCUUUGUAGAUGCCUGAAUCCAUUGUUUAUGAUCUUGCUACUAACAGUCUGUAACAGAUAUCACUGAUUAAUAGACUGUAGACUUUUUAGUUUUUACCAAAAAAAAAAAAAAACACUGUAGACUUCCG